AUGGUGGAACGUGCCACGACGCGCGGAGCGCGAGGACCGAGGCAGCUCUUGGCGAAGGCAGAGGAGGCAGUUACCACAGGGCCUGCGGAGGUAAGUCGAAGCUUGUUCCCUAAUCGAUUUUUGGUCUUUUUGUAUAGCGCGGCCGCGGCUGUUUGUCUCUUAUUCGAAUUUUUGGAAAGUCAGAAACAGAAUAUUGACACUGAUGAUCGACUUGAAAGAAGUAAGUCAAGCCAACUGCAAUGAAAAUAGCGACUAUAAUUUAUCAGGACGAGGUUGCUAGGUUGCAAAGUCGCAUCGCGCAACUAAAGAGUGCGAGAAAGGAGCUUCGUGCAGGAAAGUCACCGCGUAAGUCAGCGGACAAACGAGUGCAAUUCAGUACAGAUGUUGCUGCGCUACCAGAACCAUCAGAGGACAGGGAAGUAGUUGCUGUUGUUUCUGAGGAUGCAAAGACGGCUUCUUCAGGAGGAGAUGCUCCCAGCGAGGACGGAGUCGAACUAAAGUCCACCCGGACGCCGUCUACAGUUUCUGCAUCUACGUCAGCGAAGAGCAUUGCCGCGCCACAGCGACCCGGGCCUAAAACCGCUGCGGCCUCUCAGGCGGUGUCCAGGUCGCGAGCUACCGGCACGACGAAAAACGAGGGUGUUUCAAGCAUAGCUGGGAAGAUCAGUGCGGGAGCGUCGUCAACCACAAGUGCAAUGGCCGGUAAGAGUACGCUUAUUUUUGGCGGAACAAGCAGCACCUCCGCGUCUUCCUCUAGUAGCUCUUCCAAAAGGUCAGCGGAGAACUCGCAAGAAGUUAUACCUUCUAGUGGUCGACGCAGAUCUGGCAGGUCGGCCGAACAAGACAGCACGGCGAUUGUAAGCAGCACUGCUGCGCCUGUGGUACAGGCGGACGCCAGCAGCGCGAAGUCACAGCACGAGCGGCGCCUCGUCUCCCCAGCACUGAAAGCUGAUACGAGAUUCCAAAGCCGCGUCGAUACAUUUUUAGGAGCUUCGUCACCAGUGAGUAGCUGGUGGUCGGAAGAUGGUGAAGAUGGAGACGAGGAAAAUCUAGACGCUGAGAAGCGAGAGACGCCUCUGUCGGACUCUGACGAGGAUGACGAAGCUCUUCGACGUCGGAUCUAUGGUGCCACGGGUAGCGGAGAUGAGGACGAACAAAUGUUUGAUGUCGAUGAGCCAUAUGCAGAGCCAGAACGGCUCCUGCCACGAGAAGAUAGUCCUCACAUCACGAAGAAGGAACAAGUGACCGAGGAUCUUAGUCAAGAAAUGUACGUAGUGAAACCUCCUUCAGGUGUGCCCGAUGAUAACAAGGCCUUCUGCAGUAUGGAUGCGUCCUCUUCACUAGAAACCAAAAAGUCAUCUUCAUCUUGUCCUCGUACGACUUCCACUUUCACCAGUUGUGCUACCAAAGCUAAGGCGGGGGAGGAUUCAACCCGUGUAAUGGCACUACCAGAGCGGGACUAUGUUGGAGAAAUUGCGGUACGUCCUAGCGAAUUUCUCGAAAAAAAUAAUGUUGAUGAAACUGGUGCAAGGAGAAGCUCAAAUUCUGGCAUCCCCAAAGCUGCAAGUGGCAAAACGAAAAGUAUGGGAAAUGCAGUAGGCUCAGCGACGAACGCAGCUAGUACCGCCCCCGCCUCUGAACAACUAGUACUUCCUAGUACUCCAUCCUCGUCAUCUUCCUCUUCAAGCAAAAAUCAAAAUAUUCAUAUUUAUGAGGACGGUCCAGCUACAACACCUACACGACAGCAACAGAAUAAAAAAGGGAAAGACCAGCAGUCGUCGUCGUCGUCGUCCGCGUCGUCGUUGUCAAUACUGCCUCCGAAAACGGUUCUACACAAGCAUAGUCCGCGCACGCGUCUACGGCCCAUGACGGCUCCGGCAAGCGCUGGAUUGUGCGGUGGGCGGCACGCGGUAUCGACCUUCGUUCACGAUAGUGCAGCUGCUCGCAGGUACGAACGCGAGGAGGACUUGCAGCAGGCAAUCUUCUUGUACGAAAGCGCACUUAGCGCAAUUCAGCCGCUUGAGUCAGCACCCGAAGAAACCCUUGGCGCUCUAGGUAAGGCCUGUCUAGAGAAAAGUGCCGAGUGCAGGGCGCGCGUAACAGAGUUGCAAGUGAAAUUGAAAAUACUGGAGAGAGGAGGCGAUGCAACUACAAACAGUGCGCCUGCGGCAGCCGAUUCGGGGGCAGCUCCUGCAGUUGUUACAACUCCCUCUUCAUCCAGUUCUUCAGGACCCUUUACAACAGCCGCUGAGGAUGCUGGAUCCUCUGCUUAUUUAGUAGCCGGAAACAUGAUCGCGGAUGCGCAGCGUGCGAAAUCUUCAGAACAAACUGGUCGUGCUCCCCCACCGCCUCUCAUUACGUCUCCCGCUCCUGUCACAUCCUCUAGUGCUUCCAUGACCGCUUAUACGGAACAAGAACAGUCAUCGACCGUGAUUCUAGGCGGAGCAACUGCAACACGUCCAGGGAGCGGAGGAAGGUAUAACGAUCUACUAUCCGGCUAUAUGUGUGUUGGACGUUUGUGUAUAGCUACCUAAACGUCAAGGAGGAUGGUAUGCAUACAUCAAGGAAGGCGGCUUUGGGAGGCACAGAAUAGAAUGAUAUCAAUCCCUCCCCUAUUUACCAGCAAUACUGUUUGACUUUGCGUUUAUUUCAAUCAAUCAUCUUCUUGUCUUCUCGUCCUUGACAAAAAUCACAACGACCAAGUAUAUAAACUACCAGACGACCACCCAACAGUCGUGACACGCAGAUGGUUCCUUUGAAUUACGUGCCCAAUAAACGACCUGCAACGGCGGGGGGCGCCGUGGUAGAGCGCAUUACGUUGGAGGAAGCGAAGCGGAGGGGCGUGAAGCUACCCUCAACGACCGCAAAAGGAGUCAAAUGCCCCUUAGAUGUGCGAAUUAGGAGUGUCAAAUCAUAGAAGUGCAAGUUCCUGAUUUAAUAGCAUGUCCGAACAAAACCGGAAGACUGCUAGUAACGAACUGCAACAUGAUUCUCUUCCACUAAGUACAAAUUAUAUUUAAAUAUAUUUAUAAUAAUAAUUCAUGAUAGUCAUAGUGUCUGGUGUUAAAGAUGAUUGACAGAACAUCAAUAUCACCAAUGCCCAAUGAAUCGAUUUUGAUUCUGCUUAGCGUUUAUUUCCUUGGAGAAAGUCCACCUUUCCCGCCUGUGAAAUUUCAGACAUACUCAUUUCGACAUUGCUCUCCCCGCCGUUUCCUAUCAUCUUUACUACAGGAUGAAAUCAUCUGCGAAGGAUCACUCGCUACACUACGAAAAUCAAACUUGCAACACUGAAGUUGUUAUUGGAGACCGCAGACAACUAGAACGUUGUGUACCGACAGCCCGACUUAUUGUCAGCAUCUAUGGGUUUUUCUUUGCAUACAAGUUAGUUCAACAUCAGUUUCAGUGGCGAUUUCAAAAUUGACUGUUCACGGACAACGGUUUCAUGUGUUCUCCUGUUACUUGGAGGCACUGAUUCUAGGUAAUGAAAAACAAAGAAAAUUAUACAGCAGAGCGUGAGCGAGUCAGUGUUUGCUCACGUCAUCUUUUUUAGAUUCUUGAUUGCGCAGCAACCUCAUGAAUUCGAAUGUCGAG